AUGAAUAGUAAUAUUGAUGAGAAGUUGAAACAAAAGUUUUUAAAUCAAGCUCAGAAAUUAUUAAUCUCUUCUGGAAAGUCGAUUGAAGAUCUCCAAACAUUAUUUCGAACAAUACAACAAUCAGAUCAAUAUCCAUAUUUCCAACACAUAUUCAAAUCAACUGAAGUUAUACCUUGCGAUGAACAUAAAUACGAGAUUGAAUAUUUAAAAAGAGGCCAAGCAGCAUGGGAAAAACGAAUAGUGAAAAGUCUGAACACGAUGUGCACGGAAGUGAAUCUACCGCUGGCACGACGAAGAAACGAAAGCGAAAUGCGAUCAGUUCGAAGACACUGGAAUGAACUCGGUCAUAUUUCUGGAGAUUUAAAUCGUUUUCGUCCGGUUUAUUCUGCCAAAGAUUUUCUUGAUGUCAUUUGUGUCCUAGUCAAUCCAAAUUUAAAAAUUGAUGAAGCACUCUGGAAUUCUGGUUUAAUCAAAAUUCCGAUCGUUACAAAAAGUUUUGUCGAAAUUAAAGCGUUUUAUUCUGAUCUUUGUCCAAACAUAAUUCAGUACUGUUCCGAUGAAACGUUUAAUGAAGCUAAAGAAGAAGAAAACAUUAAGUUAGCCUUACAAAUUUUGGAGAAAAAAUUAAACAUCAAAUCUGUACGUGAGUAUGCACGUCGCGGUUGUCCAUCGAGUCUUCGAGGAAAACUGUGGUCAGCCAUGUUAAAUAUCGAACAUUGCAAUUGGCAUGUGACUUAUUUCAAUUAUCUCAAACAAAAUGUGAUCGAUUUUGAUCUGUUAGUAGAUAAUUUAUAUUUCAAAGAUGUGAAAUUAACAGCGGUGAAUGAUGAUCAACUCUUCGUUUUUGAAGAUUAUUUAUAUCAGAUGCUUUUGCUAUUCUCUCGUGAUACAUACGUUCAAGCAUGUUUUACAGCUAGUGCAAGUGGAUGUCAACCGACACGAUCGUUUAUUAAAAAGAAGUCGGGCGUAGAAGAAUGUUCAGUUGUCUAUCCACCAAAUGGAAUUAUUCCAUUUUAUGGCUUUUCAAUGCUUGUGGCGCCAAUGUGUUUCGUGUUCGAAGACCCAGUUCAUUUAUAUUUCAUUUUCCGACAGUUUUAUAUAAAGCACUUCUUCAAUUUACAUCAUAUCUCAGCAGCACCCAACGCUAUCAUCGGCUUAUGUGUUUUAUUCGAGUCAUUACUACGGCAAGUGUCUUCGGAACUGUGGUUUCAUUUACAAAACAUACAAGUUCAGCCACUUCGAAUCGCAUUUAAAUGGAUGAUGAGAGCAUUUUCUGGCUAUUUAGCUUGCAAUCAACUAUUAGCACUUUGGGAUCGAAUUCUUGCAUAUGAUUCACUCGAAAUUUUAGCUGUUCUGGCUGUUGCAAUAUUUGUGCUACGCAAAGGAAAUGUUCUGAAAGAAUCCAGUGAAACAGCUAUUGAAGCGAUAUUCUCUGAUAUAUCAUCGAUUAAAGUGAUUCCAUUACUGCAGUUUUUUCUUGGAUCUUAA